AUGGCCUACUCCGUCGAGUACGUGACGGAGCCCGACGCGCCCGCUCUAGGCGAAAUCAACAACAUCGCCUUCAGCAACCGCCUUGUUUUGCCGCUAAUGUUCCCUGAGGCAAGCGAGGCCAGCCUGAACGCCUACAAGGCCAAGCACGUCAUGAAGCACCUCGCCAACCCCGAGGUACACGUGCUCAAGGCAUCCGACGCAACGGGAAAGAUCCUAGCCUACGGUCGCUGGCAUAUCCCCGCGAAAUUGGGCGUUGCGCCCGUCGUGCCGCCGCUUUCUGAGCAGGCGCAGGCUUAUGCCAGUGACCCGGUGCGGUUCGCCCCACAGCCGAUGAGAGAGGAUGUGUUUACGGCUUUUAAGGCGUUGCUGGAAGGGGCGCGAAAGCGUCAUACCACAGAGAGGGACAUAACUCUCGAUAUGUUGGCUACUUUACCUGCGUAUCAAGGUCGCGGGGUGGGGUCUGCGGUCCUUCGCUGGGGCAUGGCGCAGGCUGAUGCGCUUAAGGCGAGGAUUUACCUAGAAGCUACUGCCGAAGGCUUUCCCUUGUACGAGAAGAACGGAUGGAAGCCAGUGGAGGAGCUCACUAUGGACUUUAAGCCACUCGGGCUGGAAGGUGAGGACAAGUUUUGGGUUAUGAUUCGGGAUCCAGUCCCUACUUAG